CCCGGUGCGGGGCAGCUGGGGUUUCUGGCACGGCUGGCCAGGCCAGGAGUGCUGCAGAUGUGAGAAUCCGGGCCCAGCGCUUUGACCGGAACAUAGAGGCGCCCUCCGAGGUGCUGCUGUGGACAUUGAGUGUGGCCGCUGCCCGCAGCCCGCCUUCCCACGGGGCUGCAGGGGGAGGAAGAGAGACGUCGGGUGACCAGCUACCUGCGGCUCGGGCGCUGGGAUUCUAGAUGGCGGAGGCUCGUUCCCGGAGCCUGCCACCACCCCGGUAGCUGCCACCUCCACUGGGUCCCCGCUGCAGCCGCCGCUGCCAGACUCCCACCUUCCAAGGGCCGCACGCCAGCUGUGCCCAGCUCGUCGCUUCAUUCACCAGCAGGGACCCACCCUUCCCACCAUGGGCUGGCUCUCUCUGAAGAUUGUGCUGGUGGGGGGCAGUUUCUUGGGGUGUCUUUACCCCCUGGUAGACUUCUGCUUCCCUGGAGACAGGAGAAGACCAGCGCCGAAUUUCGUGAUCAUCCUGGCCGAUGACCUGGGCUGGGGGGACCUGGGAGCCAACGGGGCCACGACUGGGGCCACGGCACACCUGGACCGCUUGGCCGCAGAAGGGAUGAGGUUCGUGGACUUCCACGCAGCCGCCUCCACCUGCUCCCCGUCCCGCGCCUCCCUGCUCACGGGCCGCCUGGGCCUGCGCAACGGAGUCACGCACAACUUCGCCGUCACCUCGGCGGGGGGCCCGCUCAACGAGACCACGCUGGCCGAGGUGCUGCGGGGGGCUGGCUACGUCACCGGCAUGAUCGGCAAAUGGCACCUUGGGCACCACGGCUCCUAUCACCCCAACUUCCGUGGUUUCGAUUACUACUUCGGAAUCCCGUACAGCCAUGACAUGGGGUGCACGGAUACCCCGGGCUACAACCACCCGCCCUGUCCAGCAUGUCCGCAGGGCGAUAGUGCGCCGAGCGGGCUCCACGGGGACUGUUACUCGGACCUGGCCCUGCCCCUCUAUGAGAACCUCGACAUCGUGGAGCAGCCCGUGAACCUCAGCAGCCUGGCGCAGAGGUACGCCGAGAAGGCGCGCCAGUUCAUCCAGCAGGCCAGCGCCCGAGGAAGCCCCUUCCUGCUUUACGUGGCCUUGGCCCACAUGCACGUGCCCGUGCCCAGGACCCAGGGCCCCGCGGCCCCCGGAGGGCCGUACGUGGCAGGCCUCCGGGAGAUGGACAGCCUGGUGGGCCAGAUCAAGGACGAGGUUGACCGCACGGCCAAAGAGAACACGUUCCUCUGGUUUGCAGGAGACAAUGGCCCCUGGGCCCAGAAGUGUGAGCUGGCCGGCAGCGUGGGCCCUUUCACCGGGUCCUGGCAGACUCCCCGAGGGGGAAGUUCAGCCAAGCAGACCACGUGGGAAGGCGGCCACCGGGUCCCCUCUGUGGCUUACUGGCCGGGCACCAUCCCCGCCAAUGUCACCAGCACGGCCUUGCUGAGCCUGCUGGACGUGUUCCCCACCGUGCUGGCCCUGGCCGGGGCCAGCCUCCCCGCGGGCCGGCGCUGGGACGGCCUGGAUGUGUCCGAGGUGCUCUUCGGCCGGGCGCAGCUGGGACACAGGGUGCUGUUCCACCCCAACAGCGGGGCUGCAGGGGACUUGGGAGCACUUCAGACUGUCCGCCUGGAGCACUACAAGGCCUUCUACAUCACGGGUGGGGCCCGGGCCUGCGACGGGAGCGUGGGGCCUGAGCAGUGGCAAGAGCCGCCCCUGAUCUUCAAUGUCCAGGAGGACCCUGCAGAGACCGUGCCCCUGGCCAGCGGGAGCGCGGAGUACCGAGCCGUCCUGCCCAGGGUGGCCGAGGCCCUGGCUGAGGUUCUGCAGGACAUCGCUAGCGACAACACCUCCAGAGCUGAUUACUCCAAGGACCCCUCGGCCGAGCCCUGCUGUGACCCCCGCCGGGCUGCCUGCCGCUGCCCCGCCGCCCCCCAGAGCCCUUGGGGUCCCCUGUGGAAGUAGCCACGAGCCUGCGUGUUCCUGCUGGUUCUACCCUCUUCCCACCUGGGGGUGCUUAAAAACAAGCCCCAGGGGCCGGAGAGAUGGUUCAGUGGGUAGUGUACUUGCCUAGCAUGUGGCGCACCUGGGUUCGAUCCCCAACACCUGCCCCCUAUGAUCCCCUGAGCCCACCAGGAGUGAUCCCAGAGCCAGGAGUCAGCCCUGAGCACUGCCUGGUGUGCCCCCCCUAAAAAAUUCCCAAAAUAAAUACAUAAAUUAAAAAGUAAAUAUUAA